AUGAACAUGGAAGCUGAAAUCUCGGAAUUAGUACUCAAGUGUGAAGCAAAGGGCAUUCAAUUACCAGAGAAUUCGUGGCAAGCGCUACGGGAGGUCAUUCUAGCAUUGAAAAGCACGCAGCAGGAUGAUACGGGAUAUGUGCAGAUACCAGAGGCUUUGGAGCAGCUAAAGAGAAAAUUUAGUGGACGUGCAGGAGCCAAGGAGGCAGCUCCAAUGGCCCCCUCGCCACGUGUAGUGCGACGCCAGAAGAGGACGAUCGUGCAAGACUCACCCAAGAGCAAACGGCGCAACGUCACCGUAAAGAGUAGCAACAGUGACGCAGGAUCAAGAGGCCAAACAGGGCUUAGCAAUACCAUGAGUCCUCUUAUGAGCAGCAAGAAGAAGAAGAAGAACACGAGAAAGAGCCGUAUUCAAGAAGAAGUGGAGGCCACACCUGCAUCACGUGAUGAAAAUCAAACGCUCGUAGACCAGCUCGUGCAGUUGGGCGAGUAUGAAAUGCACCAUGGACACUCACAACGAGGAACAUCACGUAUGCGUGCUGCAAAGGCGAUUUGCAAUGCAGAUGUGGUGAUUAUGUCAGGGGCUCAAGCAAAGCAAUUGGAUAAUGUGGGUCCUGCGGUGGCCGCAAAGAUCGACCAGCUUCUAAAUGAUGGACUUGCCGCCGCUUUGAACAAUCGAAAAAAUGAAUCACCACCAGGCACAACAUUGAGAAAAUUAUAUAAUUCGCUCUCGGAGCUUAUCUUAAAGUGCGAAGCCGCACAUGUUCAGCUACCCGAGAAUCCUUUGGAGGCGCGGACUGAGGCUGUGGAAAGCAUCAUUCACUCAUUGAAGGACGAAAAGCCAAACUUGAAACAUGCACAAGAGGAGCUCGAGCAAAAGUUUGGCAUCCAGCUUGAGUGGAGGCAGCAUCUGCAAGAUGGCGAUUCCAAGCGCCUACGUCGCCGUCAAUCCUACCAGAAAAGAGUGAUCAGCCAAGAAACAGAACAUACCAAGCUCACUACAGACGGAAAAUCCGCACAAAAUCAGUCAUCCAGUCGUUCCAAAGACAGCAGGACAACCACCUUGACUCAAUCCAAGCAAUUUAUUUUACAAGAGGAAGAGAAUUCACAAGAGAAUGGUGCGUCUCAAGGUGCUCAGAAGCCCACAAGAUUGCGGGAGCUCAUUGUUCACGAGGCUUCUAGCAACACUGAGGAAAAAUCACCUCCAUUGCAAAAUGCAAACAGGGACAAUGAUGAUGAAAGCGUAUCGACUGGCAAUUCUGACCAAGAAAUGAUCAAUUUGCUGGAAAAUCUGGACGAAGCUGACGAAGGAGAGAGUAACACGAGCAGUGAGAGAGAUGAAGCGUUCUGCAAAGUGCCUCAUCCUAUUUCAAGUACACUGAAAAUGGCGCCGUCUUGUAAUCUGACAGAUUCGACAGAUGAAAAUGGAGAUGAAAGCUAA